GGCGCAGACCCCGGAGUGCGAUGGUGUGGUUGGGGGGGCUGGGGGCCCGGGUGGCGGCUCUGCGGCCGGGACCAGCGCUGCUGGGCGGCCUCGCAGCCGAGACCUGGGCCCGAGGGGUCAGUACGAGCUGGGCCCCGGUGGGCGCCGCCUUCAAUGUGAAGCCGCAGGGCCGCCGCCUGGACCUGUUCGGCGAGCGCCGGGGUCUCUUUGGAGUUCCUGAGCUCAGCUCCCCAGAAGGGUUCCGCAUCGCCCAGGAGAAUGCCCUGCGCAGGACGGACUGGCUGGUGGAGCGCGCAUGCUCCCUGCCGCCGGGGCCCGGCAUCGUGCUGCUCUUCGACGAGCUCUCGGACUGCCUGUGCAGCGUGGCCGACCUGGCUGACUUUGUGAAGAUUGCUCAUCCGGAGCCGGCAUUCAGAGAUGCAGCGGAAGAGGCCUGUCGAAGUAUUGGCACCAUGGUCGAAAAGUUGAACACAAAUGUAGAAUUGUACCAAAGUUUGCAAAAAUUACUCGCUGAUAAAGAUCUUGUGGAUUCCCUUGAUCCUGAAACCAGGCGGGUGGCUGAACUUUUUCUGUUUGAUUUUGAAAUCAGUGGAAUCCACCUAGACAAAGACAAGCGUAAAAGAGCAGUGGACCUGAAUGUCAAAAUCUUGGAUCUGAGCAGUACAUUUCUUAUGGGAGCUAACUUUCCCAAUAAGAUUGAGAAGCAGCUCUUGCCUGAGCACCUCCGCCGGCACUUUAUGCUUGCUGGAGAGCAUGUCGUAAUCGAUGGCCUGCAUGCAGAAGCCCCCGAUGACUUGGUACGAGAAGCUGCUUAUAAAAUUUUCCUUUAUCCCAAUGCUGGUCAACUUAAAUGUUUGGAAGAGCUGCUCAGUAAUAGAGAUCUUCUGGCAAAAUUAGUAGGGUAUUCCUCAUACUCCCACAGAGCUCUCCAAGGAACCAUAGCUAAAAAUCCAGAGACUGUCAUGCAGUUCCUUGAGAAACUAUCUGACAAACUCUCUGAAAGAACUCUGAAAGAUUUUGAGAUGAUGCGACAGAUGAAAAUAAAACUAAAUCCUCAGAAUUCUGAACUAAUGCCCUGGGACCCCCCUUACUACAGCGGCGUGAUCCGUGCAGAGAGGUACAACAUUGAGCCCAGCUUAUACUGCCCCUUUUUCUCCCUGGGCGCGUGCAUGGAAGGCCUGAAUAUUUUGUUUAGUAAACUGCUCGGGGUUUCGAUGUAUGCAGAGCAGCCUGCCAAAGGAGAAGUUUGGUGCGAAGAUGUCCGGAAGCUGGCUGUGGUUCAUGAAUCUGAGGGAUUGUUGGGGUACAUUUAUUGUGAUUUUUUUCAACGAGCAGAUAAACCACAUCAGGAUUGUCAUUUUACAAUUCGUGGGGGCAGAGUCAAGGAAGACGGCGAGUAUCAGCUGCCAGUCGUAGUUCUGAUGUUGAACCUUCCCCAUUCCUCAAGGAAUUCGCCAACGCUCUUGACUCCCGGGAUGAUGGAAAAUCUCUUUCAUGAAAUGGGACAUGCCAUGCACUCUAUGCUCGGCCGAACCCGCUACCAGCAUGUCACUGGGACCAGGUGCCCCACUGACUUUGCUGAGGUUCCUUCCAUUCUGAUGGAGUACUUUGCAAAUGACUACCGAGUGGUGAGCCAGUUUGCUCGACAUUAUCAAACGGGGCAGUCACUGCCUAAAAGUAUGGUGUCUCGACUCUGUGAAUCUAAAAAAGUAUGCGCAGCAGCUGACAUGCAGCUCCAGGUCUUUUAUGCCACUUUGGAUCAGAUCUACCAUGGGAAGCAUCCUCUGAAGAAGUCAACAACAGACAUUCUCAAGGAAACGCAGGAAAAGUUUUAUGGCUUACCCUAUGUUCCAAAUACUGCCUGGCAGCUCCGUUUCAGUCACCUUGUGGGCUAUGGUGCCAAGUACUACUCUUACCUGAUGUCCAGGGCGGUGGCAUCCAUGGUUUGGAAGGAAUGUUUCCUGCAGGAUCCUUUCAACAGGGUGGCAGGGGAGCGUUACCGCCGCGAGAUGCUGGCCCACGGAGGUGGCAAAGAGCCUUUGCUUAUGGUCCAAGGCAUGCUUCAGAAGUGUCCUUCCAUUGAUGACUUUGUAAAUGCCCUGGUUUCUGACUUGGACCUGGACUUUGAAACUUUCCUCAUGGAUUCUGAAUGAUGCGAGUACCAUGAACCUUCUACAUCAAGAUCAUACCGAAACUAACUUUACUGUAAAUGUACAGUUGUGAAACCUUGUUUCUGUUAUCAGUAUUCACUUCUGUUGUGACCUCUGAAAAGCCUUAAAUGGAAAUUGAAAUAAAUAAUUUGUUUUACACUG